AUGAAUUACAAUAUCGUGAAUUUCCUACUGAUUACCUUCUAUGUCCGAGAUAUCGUCGCUGAAAAUUGUGAAGUGCUUACUGCUACUGAUGAAGCACAGAGCUUCGUUAUAAAGAACAAUAUCACUGACUGUCAAUAUCGUGUCCAAUCGAAUUCCGGUAAACCGUUGAAGGUAUUUGUCAACGCGACAAGUGGAACCGAUUGUGUGAAGGUGACCAGUGGGGAUAAAUCAGAAACGCUGUGUUCAACAGGUACAACGACUGAAUUCAAAUCCAGCUCGGCGAUUGAUGUGAGUGCGGAUUCCGUUACCACAACCACUACAACAGCAACGGCCACUAUUACAACUACACCUACGACAGCUCCAACUCCACCAAGCUCAGAAGAAACCAAAGACAAAAACAACAAAGAGGUACCAAGUCCCGGGACCGCGGAAAAUGCAUCAGCGAAAGCAGAGAAAGAACCACAGCCAGCGGGCGAAAAAGAAGUAAAAAUGAGUGCAGAAGAAAGAGCAUUAGAGGAAAAUUUGCAGAAGCAUGGGACGAGUGGAACCAAAUGUGUAACAGUAACUAGUGACGGCAAAACUGAAACGCUGUGUCCAUCCAGUGCAAAGAAUCAGUUUACAUCUGACUCAUCGAUUGAGGUGAGCGCGAGUUCAGAGGCCACAACGAGAAAACCAACUGAGGCCACAACAGAACCAACGACAAAACCUACAGAACAAUCUCCACCCGAGGAGCCAUCGGAUUCAGAGCAGCAGCAAUCGCCCAAACACCCGAAUAGCCCGAGAGCAGAAGCAAAUGUUCAACAAAGCCAAGCAUCGAAGACUAGUGCACAACAAGACGGCCAAGGGAAACAAAAUCCAGAAGAUGAAGGAUCAAAGGAACAAAAAUCUUCACUCAAGGCUGCGCUUUUAAGGAAAGCUAGAGAUAAUUCUGAAACCGCUGGAUCCAACGAUGUCACUGUCUACUACGUAUUAGAUGAGUGUUAUAUAGCAGCUAAUGUGCCGCACGUACGGAAGACAAACAAAUGCUUUGAAGUAUGUUUCAAAGUUUUUCCGGCUGUAUUCAAAUUGCACUAA